GUGCGCGGCUGCUAGCUGCUCCAUUUUCGAAGCGAUACUGUACAAUUUUCUAAGCUUUACAUCAUACUACUUUUGAUGAAAAUCGUAUAUUUAUUAUACUAUAUAAUAGGAUAUCAAUAAUAAUUGGCCAAAAUGUCAGCUACUAAAUGCAGAUCGUGUGGUACAACCGAAACUGAAACAGAUCCAUCUCGAGGAGAUACAGUCUGUGUUGGAUGUGGUCUUGUAAUUGCUGAAAAUGCUAUUGUUGGUGAAACAAUAUUCGAAGAGGGUGCAGGUGGAAGUAUGACAGUAGCUGGACAUUUUGUUUCUAAUGAAAGUUCAGGUGGUGCAUCAGGCUUUGGACAAAGAUUCCUUAAUAGUGGUAGAGAAUCCAAGGAAAUAACAAUACAAAAUGCAAGGAGAGGUAUUGCACAUUUGUGCAGACAACUAGAAUUAAAACCACAAUUUAUUGAAACCUCAGUAGGGUUCUAUAAGAUGGCUUUGAACCUACACUUAACUCGAGGACGUAAACAAGCUCACAAUCAUGCUGCUUGUGUAUACAUGACAUGUAGGACCGAACAAACGCCUCAUAUGCUCAUUGACAUCAGCGAUGUACUACAAAUCUGUGUUCAUGAAUUGGGAAGAACAUACUUGAAGUUUAUUGAGGCAUUGAACAUAAAAAUUCCUUCCAUGGAUCCAUGUUUAUAUGUAAUGCGUUUUGCAAGCCAACUUGAGUUUGGAGCCCAAACCAAUGCCGUAUCAACCACGGCUUCCCGCAUCGUUCAAAGAAUGAAAAAAGACAGCAUACACAGCGGUCGCAGACCAUCUGGCUUGUGUGGCGCAGCAAUUCUAAUGGCUGCUAGGCUGCACGAAUUUAACAGAUCCCCAAGCGACAUCAUCAAAAUAGUCAAAGUCCAUGAGUCGACGUUACGAAAAAGGUUGAUCGAGUUCGGUGACACGCCGUCGAGUCAACUAACUCUAGACGAAUUCAUGGCGGUCGAUCUUGAGGAGGAGCAGGAUCCACCAGCAUUCAAAGCUGCGAGAAAAAAAGACAGAGAAAGGUUACAAAAGUUGGAAAGUAUGACGAACGAAUUCAGUGAAUUGCAGUCGGAAAUCGAUCGACAACUUGAAGAGCAGAAAUCAAUUAAAGGAAGAAUACGUCAUUCUAGUGCUCUUGAAGAAUCAGAAGCUGAAAAAUUCAUUAGAGAAUCCAAUUUAAGCGUCAUAGAGGAGUGCGUUGGCAGAGAUCCUGAUGAUCCUGAUGAAUUACAAGUUCCUUCUGUGAAAGGACACGAUAGUCAUCUUGUCACUGGUCUAGGGCCAGACAUCAGAUCUAUGGGCCUCAAUGCGCAUUUACAUAACAGAAGUAAUUCUAGUAUUAAUGACAAUGAAACUUUGUCUUUUGAAAAUUUGACAGGCGAAAUCGAUAUCACUGAUUUGGAUGACGAAGAACUCGACAGUUAUAUUAUGUCGGAAAAAGAAGCGAAUAUCAAAAGCAAUCUAUGGAAUAAAGUCAAUGAAAAAUAUUUGCAGGAACAAAAAGAAAAAGAAGAAAAGCGUCAAAAAGAUAUAGAAGAGGGUAAGCCCGAAAAGAAAAGGAGACGAACUACUAAGAAAAACAAAAAUCAAUGUCCAGCUAGUACCGCAGGCGAAGCAAUAGAAAAAAUGUUACAAGAGAAAAGGAUAUCGUCUAAAAUUAAUUACGAAGUAUUAAAGAGUCUAAACGUUGGUAUUGGUACCAAUAAUCAAACACAGCAAAAGAAAGCAGAUGAUGCAUCGUUUGCUACACCAAAGCCUAUAGAACCAAUUAAAGAAACUGUUUCUACUCUUCCAGUGAUCAAUACAUCACCUAGAAAAGUACCACCAAAGUUAUUUGAAUCAAAUAGAAGAAUUCCAAAUUUGAAUAAUAAAAGAAAAGCAUCUUCUUUGGAUGAUGAAGCUGAAGAAAAUGUGGAACAGCUUGUUCAUGUUCCUACGGCAAUUCCAAUUGACGACCACAACGAUGAUAUGGACGAUGCUGACGAUUAUUUAGACGAUGAAGUAGAAGCAGAACCAGAUCCAUCUGAAAUGUCUAUGGGUCAAUUACUUGGGCGUCAAGAUGACGAUGGUGAUUAUGGAUAUGGAUACGACGAUGAAGAGGAUUAUUAGAAAAUGUAUUAUUUAACCGUAAUCACUUACUGUUAACAAAUUCUAACCCGAACAUUUCAGUGAAAUAUGUUACACUGAAGAACAAAGACUGAAAAUCCGCAAUCAGAAUUGCAACUAUUUUAAUUUAUAAUAUUGCUUAUAAUAUAUUUCAUUAAUUAAUUUAUGCAUGAAAGUUAUGCUUUCUUUUAAAUGUGAAGAUUGAAUGUAAAAUAUUUAUAUUCAGAAAAAGUAAUGAGAACAUAUAAUUUUUCCAACUAAUGCAAGUAUUUUUAAAAUCAUUUUAUGUUGUUUCAAUAUUUAUAAUAAUGUGUCUUAUGAUGAUUGUUCUACACGUAUUGA